AUGGCUGCUUUGGCCGCGGCUUCGCCUGCCAACAUCGUCACCGCCCGCAACGAGCUUACUCUCCGCCAGGCCGCCGAGGCUUGCAACAUCGGCUACUGCACCCAAAGCGAAGGUACCAUCGGUGGUGCCGGCGGCUCCAGUGUUACCGUCAAGACUGUCGAUAAGCUCGUUGCUACCGCUAAGAAGGAGGGUCCCCUUACCAUAAUUAUCACGAGUUAUGGCACGCAGCAAUAG